GUUUUGCCCGCCUCCUCUUCACUCCGGCUACUGGUGUAAACAAUCGGGCGUGUUGGGCCGGACGCAGCCUAAUUAAGCCUCCUCCCAAGCCUCAUUAAGCCCCGUCCCAGCAGCCCGAGCACCAUGGCGGCCACGAUCAUCAAGAAGGGCCUGGAGCAACUCAAAAGCAAGGAGUUCAGGGACUAUUUAAUGAGCACACACUUCUGGGGCCCUGUAGCUAACUGGGGCAUCCCGCUGGCCGCCAUCGCUGACACAAGGAAGCCGCCAGAGUUUAUCAGCGGGAAGAUGACAUUUGCCCUGUGCCUCUACUCCGCCAUCUUCAUGAGGUUCGCCAUCAAGGUCCAGCCACGCAAUCUCCUCCUCUUCAGCUGUCACUUCACCAAUGAGACGGCACAGCUCAUUCAGGGUGGUCGGUUGAUAAACUACGAGUACUUGGGAGGGAAGGAAGCGGCGGCGAAGGAGGCGGCGGCGAAGGAGGCACCAGCGGCCGAAACCACGGUCACCUAAGUCGGUUAUCUCCACUACGCGUCCUCGGUGACAGAGUUCAUUCGUCAUUCAAUCGUCUUGCUCACAACGCACCAGCUAAAAGACAAUACAAGUGCACAGUAUAGCUCAGGCAGUGCAGCUCAAACAAAGAGAAAAUACAGAAAUAUGCAGUAGAGUAGAUACAAAGCAGCUAUUGCCACCACCUCCACAUUCACCAGCUAAAAGACAACCCCGAGAGUGCACAAUUUAGCUUAGGGGACUGCAGCUCAAAGAUACAGAAGACAUAUUGAUACAGAGUUAUACAGUAGAGUAGAUACAAUGACACAGAGAUAUAGAGCAGCUAACACCACCACAGAGGAAGGGAUGAAGGGUGAACUCUGUCAACUUGGGUCCUUUUAGGGUCGGUUUGCAUCACACACAAACCUCAGUUUAGUACAGUUCUACCUUGGUUUGAUGGACGGUGAAAAUUCGGAUAAGAUUGUGGAGCCGUGAGUCUGGAUUUACGGAGCGCAUGCCUGGAUAUGUCGAAUUGUUACCUUACUCACUUGUUAACUAUUGUGUAUUAUUAGCCCGGUAGCAGGGAUAGGCCAUAUUUGUGGUUUGACGUAACUCCUCCACAAUAGAGGAUGCACCAACUGACCAUCACUGCGUUGUUAUCUAUUAUAUUUGCGUGAGUGAUGAUUUUUUCUCAUUAAUUCACUUAGAGGAGCCUUUAAGAAACAUGAUCCCCGCAGCUACCAGGUUAAGUGCUUUGUAUUUCUGGGUUACAUACGAUGACAGCUCCAAAUUUCAGUGUGUUUUAAGGUCCUAAGUCUGAUAUAUUGUUGUGUUUUUCCAGCUGACUGUAUGCAAGUAUUUUAUGUUUUCUUCAGAGUCUAACACCAGCAUAUAAUUUUGUGUUCCAAGAGGACCUUAUACCAAAUUUUUGUGUUUUUCUAACUUCCUACGUUUGGUAUAUGAUUGUGUUUCCCUAGAUGAUUGUAUGCCAGAUUUUAAUGUUAUUUCUAAAGCUAUAAUUCGUGUAUAUCAUUGCUCCUUAUUUUUGGGUGACUUUAUGCCAAAUUUCAGUGUGUUUUCAGGGGUUUAAGUUCAGUAUAUUAUUGUGUUUAACUUCCAAAUGACUUUAUGCUAAAUUUCAAUGUCUUUUUCAAGCUAUAAGUUCAUCGUCCAGUUAUGUUUAGCGUCCAGUGUCAGCAUUUCUUCACUACGCUCAAUUUACCAUGCCAGUCAAUUUUGCGUCAUGCUUUCUUCUGCCGCCAAUAUCCAGACGUGGCUUCCUUCCUUGGGUCCGAAGAAGCGAGGUAUUACUGUAGUCCACAUUACAGGAUCUACGUUUAGGUUUACAGGCAGGUUACAGACUUACAGCGAGUGGGCCAUAAUGAUUUCUGCUUACGCCAAACCCCAUAUACCCUCACUGUAAUGGAAUCAGGCACUGGGGGUCUAGAUAACAUAAGGUUUCUGAUCCCAUUUGAGGCAGUUUCUCCCCUUCAUCCAUUACUGUAAGGGUUUAUGGGGAUAGUUUCAUUGGGGAUUUCUAUUUGAUGAUUCGGUUGAGGGGAAAAAAAAUCUUGUUGUCACGCUGUUUAACUCAAAGCUUUGUUGAAUGCUUUGCGCUCGUGUGAUGCGUUUGAUAGUGACAGUAUUUUUUAUACGGUACAUUCAGGCUGGUGGAGGGAGGCCCAGGGCUGUGCUGGUGUAAUUAGUCUUGUACAUAUUCUACCCUGCACUCGUGUCGGUGCCUAGAUGUACUGUAGAGAGAUGUAUUUUGAUGUUGUUAUGAAAUCAUGGUGACUCAGAUUCUAGCCAUAGUGAAACUGGAUUGGGGAGACCGUUUUUACGUUGGCUUUCGUGGGUCCUUUCCUCCCCGCCACCCUGCCACACAGUCCCAACUCCUAUUUCUUCAUCUCAUGUGUUACCUAUAGCCAGAGCGGUGGGGGGGGGAAGGACACGAGGGAGCCAACGCAGAAUCUAUCUCGCCAAUCUGGUUUCGGUGAAGUCCGUUCCAACCACUGUCAAAAAAUAUCACCGCACUGCAGCAGCUGGUUCGCUUCAGCCUAAAGCCAGUAUUCUCAAAUGUAUCGGCCCCCACAGUUCCCCCAUUUGAGAAGCCUCCAUUGGCAGCUGCUGUGAUUUCCAUGGACUGUUUUGUGAUUCCAGUGAUUGUUUUACCCGACUUCUGCAUCUGAAACGGGAAAAUCACCCCUGAAAUUCCGGUUAAUCUUCUCUGUGGCCUUGGGAAACGGUCAUAAUGGGAGUGAGAUACGUUUAAGAAUAUGGACCUAACACUCACAUCCCGUUAUUUAGGCAAUGUUAUGAUAGACGUUCAGCUUGUUUACACUUUGACGGCUACUGAAAUAUCAACAACACAGCCACCCACUAUAUCUUGUCAGGCUUUAGAGGUAAUUUCACACACAGUUGAUGAAUGAGUGGAUUAAAAUUACUACUCUUCAUCAGCAUAUUAAAACUCAUUGAUGGCUACUGAAAUAUCAACGACACAGCCACCCACUAUAUCUUGUCAGGCUUUAGAUGUAAUUUCACACACAGUUGAUGAAUGAGUGGAUUAAAAUUACUACUCUUCAUCAGCAUAUUAAAACUCAUUGAUGGCUGCUGAAAUAUCAAUGAUCCAGCCUCCCUCUUUAUCCUAUCAAGCUGUAGACGUUAUUACACACACAGUUGAUAAAACAUUGGAGUUGAUGAAUGAUAGGAUUAGAUUUCUUUUCCUCCUCAUCAUCAGCAUCCAGUCAUGAUUAAAAAGCUUGAAAACUAUAAGACGGAAGUUGCUAGAGGGUGAACUACUAUAUUUGACAGUUGCUGGAACGCACUCGUGUCGUAGAUCUUCUUGCAGCACAGCUCAGUGAUUCUCGGACAUAUAGCGAUCAGGGGUGAAAGUAAGAUUAGCUUUUUGCAGGUCCUGUGUCUUUAAAAGCGUACCUCUGCUGUAGACGGGACGGCUGUAUAUCUCUUCCCGAUACGGCAUACCACUGCGUACUGGCUUAAUUUCACCCCUGAUAGCGAUUUGGGAACAAUAAUAAUUAGUCUAUACGCGGCACACUAACCCGUGAGGUCGACUCUUACUUAGAAUAGAAGAGCUGUGCUGCUUAGAAAAUUAACCAGAAAUAGUCAGUAAUAAGUCCAAGAAUGGGAGAAGAUGGACUAUAAACUACAAUGAAGAAGAAGAAGAAAAAGAAUAAUAAGAAGAAGAAAGAAAUUAAUCAGAAAAGCACUCCUGUCGAACCUCAUAAUGGAAAAUAAGGACAAUAACUGAUGAAGAGAGGAGAAAGAAGGAGACUCUAUACCCCAGUGUGUGUACAUAUCAGAGGAGUGAGGAGCGUAGUGUUAGAUGCCCAGAAGAAUCAAAUGCUACUGUGGAUAGAGUUGAAAAUAGAAAGGGUUGAUAAUGGAUUUUGUCAAGUUUAGGGAAUAGAUUUAUUAUUAUUAUUAUUAUUAUUAAUACUGAGAAAUCAAUGUUACUGGAGAGGAGGAGGAAAUAGAAAGGUCUAAUGUGGAGUUUUGUCAAGGUUAAGAGAGAGAGAGAGAGAGAGAGAGAGAGAGAGAGAGAGAGAGAGAGAGAGAGAGAGAGAGAGAGAGAGAGAGAGAAGAAGAAGAAGAGAGAGAGAGAGAGAGAGAGAGAGAGAGAGAGAGAGAGAGAGAGAGAGAGAGGAAUUAGUAGUAGUAGUAGUAAUAGUAGUGAGAUCUCUUAAAAAGGGGCAACAGGAAAAAAAAUAUUAGUUUAGACCCAAACAUAGUCCCCUUAAAGAGCAAACAUGUAUGGAUAUGAAGUUCGAAAGAGUCGCUGAUAGAAAAGUAAAAAAAGAAUGAAAAUAAAAGGAAACAAAAGCAAUAGAUGAUAAAGAGAAGGAAUAAAGAAGAGACAGACUACAUAAAAAUCCACCACAGAAAAACAAAACCAAGCGAUGUAGUAAUAUUUCUACUUAUCGGAAAAAGUAAACCCCCUUCUGCGGCCUUAAGUAAAUGGAAAAGUGAUCAAAAUAUUCAAGUUUCGCACAGUUAGAAUGAAAAUAAGAGGAAACCAAAGCAAUACAUGAUAAAGAGAAGGAAUAAAGAAGAGACAGACUACUUAUAAAUCCACCACAGAAAUACAAAACCAAGCGAUGUAUUAAUAUUUCUACUUAUCGGAAAAAGUAAACUCCCUUCUGCGGCCUUAAGUAAACAGAAAAGUGAUCAAAAUAUUCAAGUUUCGCACAGUUAGAAUGAAAAUAAGAGGAAACAAAAGCAAUACAUGAUAAAGAGAAGGAAUAAAGAAGAGACAGACUACUUAUAAAUCCACCACAGAAAUACAGAACCAAGUGAUGUAGUAAUCUUUCUACUUAUCGGAAAAAGUAAACUCCCUUCUGUGGCCUUAAGUAAAUGGAAAAGUGAUCAAAAUAUUCAAGUUUCGCACAGUUAGUAUGUACGUUAGGUUCUCUCCAGGUUAAAAUUACUUAGACGUUUCCACAGCAGAUGAGAACACCACAAGGGAAGCAAAUGUACCUUGAUUACCUCUGUGUUUUGAAAGGUUUGUGGCAUGAGAGGAGAGUUGCUUCUUGGUAAUAAAACUAACUUGACAAAGAA